AUGCGGGCACGGGUGCGACAGCUUUUUGCCAAGUCGGCGAAGGACCACUCUUGUCAAGAGCGCACUAUCCAGCUCAAUGACCCGCGCGGCCGCACCGACUUCUGCGACAACCGGAUGUACAGCUCCCGGUACAACCUCUUCACGUUCCUUCCGCUAAAUCUGUGGGAGCAGUUUCAUCGCCCCAUCAAUAUCUACUUCCUGCUAGUCGCGGUGCUGCAGUUCAUUCCCUCUGUGGCGCCGGUCAGCCCUCUCACAACGAUCUUCCCCAUCACCGUCGCAUUCCUCGUUAACGCCAUGAAGGAGGGCAUCGAUGAUCUGCGCCGCCAUCGGCAGGAUGCCGAGGUGAAUGAGCGCGUCUACCAGCGCGUGCGGUCCGGCACACUCGAACUGGAAGAGGUGGUGAGUGCAAACAUCCGCGUCGGCGACGUGCUCAUUCUGCAUCCCUUUGAGGUUGUACCGAGUGAUGUGGUGAUUCUGCUGACCUCGCACGAUGACGGCAGCGCGUACAUUACGACCGAGUCCCUCGACGGUGAGACCGGCUCAAAGCAGCGCUUCGCGAUCUUGCAUCACAUGUUCAAGUACUCUCAGACCGCCGCCUCACCAGCACCAUCGAUGUCCCGCUGUUGUAGACCCACCUCCGAGUCUACAACAGCGCCUGGCAGCGACGUAGCCGGCGUUGGCGCCUCGGCAGCAAAGGCGAUGGGAAAGUCCGCACAGGGGCCGAUAUGGGAGGGGAAGUGCUGCUGUGAAACAACCGAGGAUCACAAGUUGCACUGCCUCCGCUACGCCUUAUGCUCUCGUCUGGUGCUGCACUCGGAGGGUCCGAAUGCGCAGCUGCACUCAUACCACGGGACCGCCAAGGUGCGUGCACCGCGCAGCUCAUCGCAGACCUGGGGGAAGAUUCAGCCGCUGGCUUUAGGCCCAGGUAGCUCUGCUGGUGAUGCGGUCAGAACAGGAGGCGCGGCACUAGAGGCGUUGCAAAGCUGUCGUUACGACCCCUUUCCUGCUUCAGCAGCGCUGCGGAUAUCUUCGGACUCGCCAUGUGCGGACAAGGCAGUCAUGGGCGACGCAUUCCCGUGCCCUCCUCCUGCACCUAUGAUGUCACCACUCCCUUUCCGCCUUCGCGCGACGCGUACGCCGGAGUCACCGAUCGAAGCCUCUUCUCCGUGUAUCGCCUACGAGCACAGUGGCUUUCUUGAGUCAGUUGACCUGUCGCAGGCGAGCGCUCCCCUGCGCCAGCCCUCAGGUGAGGUGAAGGCAGACGCGCCGAACUGCUUUGACGGCCCCGAGAAGACUCUUUCCGUUUGCAUCGAUAACGUUGUGUACUCGUCAAGCCGCAUUGGCAACACGCAUUUUACCAUUGCCUUUGUCGUCUUCACUGGUUGCGAGACAAAGAUGAGCAUGACGCGUAACGUGCGGCUGACGAAGUGUGCAACGAUUGACCUUCGCUUCAACUACCUGACGAUGAUCGUCUUCCUGGUUCAGUUCAUCCUAGUGUUAACCUGUGCCGUUAUUUCCUACUGGCGUCCUAAGGCUCACGCCCCGCUCUGGUACCUUGGCGACUCGGUGGACCCGAUCAAGUUCAGAGAGUGCUUUCCCCUCCUAUCGCUGCGGUACCUGAUGAUGCUGUCGCCGAUGGUGCCACUCUCCUUCAAGGUGAUGGUCGAGAUCUCUAAGGUGUAUGUCAGCUACGUCAUCCGCUGGGAUGACGACAUGCGCGCCGAGGAUGAAUCUGUCUCGGUAAACAACUCAGCUUUGGCCGAAGAGCUGGGGCAGGUCGAAUACGUCUUUUCUGACAAGACGGGCACCCUCACGACAAACACCAUGACCUUCCAUGCCUUGGCCCUUGUCAACGACGCCGUCUUCGCGCGCACCGAGGGCACCAUCGGGUCGGACCUGCACCACCCCCUAGCUGAGGUGGGCAAAGUCAUCAAGGCAAGGAUGGCACGCGGCCAGCAGGAGGACUACUACCUCAUGCUCACGAUGAUCUUCUGCAAUACGAUCGAGCAAACACUGUCACCUCGGCUUGGCACCCGUAGCAGUGGGGUCAGCACAAACGCGAGCAUGUCCUUCUCGAGCCGCUGGAUGUCUUCAUCACCAGAUGAGGUGGCCCUCGUUGAGGGCGCCGAGCAGUGCGGCUUCUAUCUGCGCCAUCGCAGCCGCACCCAUGGGUCGGUGGGACUUUGGGACGAGGCAGGGGCGUCCCUCGAGGUGGAGGUGGUGCUCACGCUGCCCUUCAGCUCCGACCGCGGCAUGAUGAGCGUAUUGCUGCGCUAUCCCGCUGUGGCAGUGAUGAACCCAGAAGCAAAGCUGAACGACUCCGCCGACAUCGCUGGCGAGAGUAACGCUGAUCCAUCCAUGAACUAUGUGCUACUGAUCAAGGGCGCUGACGAGAAGGUGCUGCCGCGCUGCACCGACACUCACAGCAGCUCUCACCUCAAGGAAAUCAUGAAUCGCCUCGCGCGCUUCUCGCGCGAAGGGCUGCGCACGCUCGUGUACGGGUACCGUAUCUUGACGGAAGAACAGGUGAGGGAGGCCCUUCACCACUUUACCGCAGUAAAGGAAAGCUUUGCCGCCACUGCAACUCGCGAGGCGGAGCUGCAGCACAUCUACGCUCGACUCGAGCGCGACUUCACCUACUGUGGCAUUACGGCAGUGAAGGACGAGCUGCAGGAGGGAGUGCCACAGACUCUCGUUCAGCUUCGCCAUGCCAAUAUACGGGUGUGGAUGCUGACGGGUGACAAAACAGAGACGGCGAAGCAGACGGCGGUUGCGUGUGGGCUGCUGGCGACUGCCGACCACGUCGUCACGCUCACACCGUCGAGCGAAAAUCUGCUUACCCCGACGGGGCACUUGGCCUACGUUUCAGCGAAGCUCUCCGAAGUAAUGGAGCCUAUGGACCAGGCGAAGUCCGCGGCGGAGAUGACAGUGGUGACACGCUGGGAGAGGGUGCGCGGGUGGUGCCGCCGCUUCUUCUGGGAGAGCUCUGGACUCGAGGAUUUUGUGCACGAGUUCACGCAGCCAGCGACAUACGAGUGCAUCCGCCCGGUUGACCACCCGCUCGCCACGCAGCUGCGAAGCGCCAUUCAGGCUCACUAUGGCCCAGUAAGCCCGAGAGUCAGAGACAUGGCGCCAAGGGUGUGCGGUGCAGCGUGUCGGCAACCUGGCAUGUACUUCGGCUCUGCCUUCACAAUCUCCUCUCUUCCCAACACCUGCGGACUAAAGCGCCGCUACUGCGUUGUGCUGUCUGGCGAGACGCUCCGGCUGCUGGAGAAGGAGGAUGUCAUCUCACAUGGUCAGAGUGCGACGGUGCGUCUCUUCCAGAUGUGCCUGUUGCAGGCGAACACAGUCGUGUGUAGCCGCACCACUCCUUCUCUCAAGUCGUACAUGGUGAAUCUUGUGCGGCGCUCUGGCCACAUCACGCUUGCAAUCGGGGACGGCGGCAACGACGUCCCCAUGCUGCAGGCGGCGCACGUUGGCGUCGGCGUGAAAGGGCGGGAGGGUAGCCAGGCGAAGCUCGCGUCCGACUUUGCGAUCGGCCAGUUUCGCUUCUUGUCGAAGUUGAUCCUCGUGCAUGGGCACACCGCCUAUCAACGCACAGCCAUGAUUGUGCAACAGAGCUUCUGGAAGACGGUGCUCAUUGCGUGGGUGCAGGUGCUCUUCAACGUGUCCACCGACUUCUCUGGCGUGUCCUACUGGGACUCACUUAGCCUCACCUUGUACAAUGCCAUCCCCACUGUCCCCGUGACAUUUUUGUGUGUGAUGGACAUGCCUCUCUCGCACUGGCUCUUAUGCUCCACCCCGAAGCUCUACACCAUGUCCCAACGCUGCCGGUACUUGAACGCCACUACCUUCUACGGCUACGUAGCCCGGGCGCUUCUACACGGCAGUAUGGUGUACUACUUGUCCGUUGCGCUUCAGCACGGCACGGGGGCGAUUAUGGCGAAUGGAUGGGUACUCGACCGCGGCGGCGACUUUUACGCGCCGUACAUUGCCGUCGUGACGGCGCACACGUACACAGUGUUGACCGAGUCGCACUCUAUCACGAUUGCGCACUGGUUCUGCUUUCUCUUCUCUAUCUGGACGUGCUUCCUCAGCUUCUGGCUCUACGCACGCCUUCCGGCCUUGUCGAAUAGGACCUUCUCGGUACUACUCACGAGUCCAUCCUUUUACUUAGUAUACUUCGGCUUACUUACCGCCGUGUGUGUCUCGCUCGCCAUCUACGCCAUACCAAAGGCUCUCUGGUUCCCCGAUGCCCUGCAGCUGGAGCGGCUUCUGCUGGCGCAUUUGCGGCAGAGGCGUGUGUGGCACAGCAGCACGCCAGUCCGCGCUCUCCGCACCUUCUUUCAGGAGGACAAUCCUUCGCAGUUUUGGAAGUCGGUUUCGCUCUACCACGCACUGCGCUGCUCCCCGCCUCCGCGGCAGACCUUUACGAUCUCGGAAGAUGAGGAUGGGGAAGCGGAGGCCUCGCUGAUAUCUGUAACGAGACGAAUUCGUUCCUCUCAUGUGUGGAAGAGAGCCGGAGAGACGUAG